GAUCCAUUAUCAAAUUUCUUUUCUUACACAGAUGCGCCAACUGAAACAUUUCAGGAAAACGAAAACCCAGAAAUCCCCUGCAUUUCGACAAAGAAUUCGAGAGCCAGAGAUUGAAUUCCAUUGCUGAAGCUUCGAUCUCGGCAUUGUUCGUUCUUCGAGUCAAUUAAUUUGGUGAAUCUUCGUUCAAAUUCUUUCCAUGGCUGUGGGACUGGAGGAGGAGACGGAGAGGAAGGGCGGAGUAGCGCUGUAUUUUCCGGCAAAUGACGGUGAGGCUUCGUCUGCAUCGUCUUCUACUCCUCCUAGGCUGCCUCGUAGACUUCGCCGUCGUCUUAUGGAGUCUAAGGCUCCGUCUACUGCCGAAGAGAUUGAAGCCAAGCUCCAAAAAGCCGAUCUCCGCCGUCAGGCUAAGAGACAAAGAGCCGCGUAUCUGAUUCAGAGGAGAAGAUUAUGUGAUAUUUUUCGUCCUAAUACAAAAGGGAUGCCUAAGAAAGACCCAUCAACAAUAAUAGCAAGAUACUGGAGGAAUUUUGUACAUGCGAGGAAAACUACUUUUGCUUUGGCAAAAGCAUUUCAAGCAUUAGAUCUUAGUGUAGAAUCUGUGAAGUCGAUGGAAUUUGAGAAGCUUGCUUCUAAGAUCAAUGCAACUGCAACCAUACAAACUUUAAGAGCUUUGCUUGUUCGUCUAGGGAGUCGAUAUACGAUCUUGAUAACGACUUCUGGAAAUAAAUUGAGCACGGAGGAUGUAGAUCACCUUCUCAAGCGUGUUGGAUUGCAUGGUAGAAGCAGAAAUCAAGUGACAAAAACAAGUAGGUCAGGGACUAUUGGCAAAAGGAAAGCUGCAAAAAGCCCCUUCAAAUUAUCUAGGUACCCUGCUAAAGUUGUGCUUUUUGCUUACAUGAUACUGGGGCAUCCAGACACGGUUUUUAUUGGGAAGAGUGAGUUUGAGAAUGCAUUGCUGGAGUCAGCAUCAAAUUUUGUUCAGGAGUUUGAGUUGUUGACUAAGAUCAUAUUAGAGGGUCCCUUGAGGACCCUUCAUGAGGGCCAACAACAACAAUCUUGUGCACCACCUUCUUUUAGAUCCCAGUUGGAGAUAUUUGAUAAAAGAUGGUGCUCUUACCUUCAUCACUAUUUGGCGUGGAAAGACAAGGAUGCUAUAUUUUUUGAGAAGAAUAUGACAGGUGUUGCUCACCAGUUGGAGCUUUUUAUGGCGCAAACUUCUAAGCUGACGUUGGAAGGUGAUAAUGGUAAUAUCGCACAUGAUAUGCAGGCCAGUGAAGAGCAGAAGAUACCGAGAGAAAAGUUACAGCGACUUGGGAGUUCAGAAAAUUCUUUAUCAAUUUCAGGGUCAAGCUCCUCUGAAUUUGAUACUGUAUAUUCACCGGAGUCCCGACAAGCAGAGAGUUCUAAGUCAGAACAACAAAUCAGCUCCAGCCAAAUGCUAGUCACUGAGAAUGAGUUAGUUGCAAACGAUAUUGUCCAUGAUUAUCACCAUUUCCUUUCUGUCACCACAAAUGCUCACACUGAGGCUGAAAAUAGUUUAAAGGCAAAAGUGAAAGAGACAAUUGAAAAAGCAUUUUGGGAUGGCAUCAUGGAAUCUAUGGAACAAGAUGAGCCUGAUUUCAGCUGGGUUAUUAAGGUUCUGAAGGAGGUCAGGGAUGAACUGUGUGAGAUGUCUCCUCCAUCUUGGAGAUCAGAAAUUGCUGAGAAAAUUGAUAUUGAAAUUCUUUCGCAGAUUCUAAAUUCAGGAACUCUGGGUGUGGGUUACUUCAAAGAACUCCUGGACUUCAGUUUAGUCACGCUGCAAAAACUUUCUGCUCCAGCUAAAGAGAAAGAGAUGGAGGCAAGUUACCAGAAGUUGAUGGAAGAGCUGGGGGACGUUACCCGUUCUGGAGAGAAGUCAAAUUCUUCGUUUGCACUCUUGAUGGUCAGAGGUCUACGUUUUGUUCUACAUCAGAUUCAGAAUCUAAAAGAAGAAAUAGCAAAUGCUCAUUUAAGGAUGGUGGAACCACUCAUCAAGAGCCCUGCUGGUUUGGAAUAUCUGAGAAGUUCAUUCUAUAAGCGAUGUGGAUCUCCUGCUGAUGCACCUACCUCUUUACCCCUCACAAGGCAAUGGAUCUCAUCCAUUCGGUUGGAUGCGGAGCUGGAGUGGAGAGAACACACCGAUUCCGUGGCUGCUAUAACCGAAAAUGCAGGAGCUCAGCCGAAGAUCCUGCCCUCUACCAUACGAGCUGGCGGAAGUAGUCUGAUUCCAUCAAAGAUCAGCUCAUCUUAUUUGGGAACAGGUUUCCAUGGAAAGGAACAGCCGGAGUGUAAGGGAGAAAGACUUGAUUUAUUAAUUAGGCUUGGGUUGCUAAAGUUGGUUAAACAAAUAAGGGGGCUGACCAGUGAUACUCUGCCGGAGACUCUUAAGCUUAAUCUCGCCAGGCUCAGGAUUGUUCAGUCUCGACUUCAAAGGAUCAUUGUGAUUUCUACCAGCUUGUUGGUCAUGCGUCAGAUUCUUCUCCAUGAGAGUUUGGUCUCCAAUCCUAGUGAAGUUGAUAGUAUAUUAUCGACAUGUGCCAAACGCCUCUGCGACCUCUUGGACUCGGUGGAAAAUGCAGGAAUACUGGAGAUCAUCGAAGCCCUCGGUAGGGUCCUUGAAGAUCGCGAUUCGGACCCUGGAAAGCUCGAAGCAAGAAAGCAGGUGAUGGCAAACAUGUUGAUAAAAAGCUUACAAGAAGGAGACAUAAUAUACUCGCGGGUGUCACGCAACGUUUACCUGGCUAUGCAAGGAGUUGUGCUCGGAGGAAGUGGCACGAAGGGAAGGCAACUGGCAGAGGCGGCACUUUUGGCCAUCGGAGCAGGAGCUCUUGCAGAUAAGGUGGUUGAGGCUGCAGAAGUUCUGGUUGUGAUGGCUGUUGUAACUGGGAUUGUUCAUGGAGAUUGGUACACAGAACUGAUAAAAAAUUGGUGAGAAUGUUUGUUUAAAUGGUAUCAUAUGAACUCUAAAAUAUUUGUACAAAGGUUAAAUGCAUAUAUAAGUGCUGCUAUAAACAAAAGGAAGUGAAAAAUAGUAUAGGAAUAAUUGAUGUGUCAUGGAGGUUGGAGAGAGAGCUAAGAUUUGUUUGAGUAUUUUUUGUUUUUUUUU